GAAGCCUGAAGGAAGCCCAGGGAGGAGAAAGUUUCUUAGGUCGACUUUAUACCAGGAAAUUUCCGCCAAGCCAAGACUGAGCGGGCAGGCGGUCAUUUCAGGCAAACGACGCCAUCAUCAUUCAACAUUUCCCUUUCUCUAUCUCCAUUUUCUGCUUGAUACAGUGACUCUUCCCCCUCUCUGUAUUCCAUACUUUUAUAUCCAACCCAUCUGGGCUACCUUGACAAGGUAUCUCUCUGGAAAUCUAGUUUAUACAAAAAACACCAAUCUAGAGCCUGGGAACACCAUCCAUCAUGGUUGUCGAUACCGCCUAUUACGACACCUUGGGCGUCCAGCCCACAGCCACCGAGCUGGAGAUCAAGAAGGCUUAUCGCAAGAUGGCUAUUGUCCAUCACCCAGAUAAGAACCCCAAUGAUCCCACCGCACACGAAAAGUUCCAGGCCAUCGGUGAGGCCUAUCAGGUCCUAUCCGACUCCGACCUACGAGCAGCAUACGAUAAGUUUGGAAAGGAUUCUGCGAGACCACAGGAAGGUUUCGCCGACCCCGCCGAGUUCUUCAGCUCCAUUUUCGGAGGCGAGGCUUUUGUCGACUGGAUUGGUGAGAUUAGUCUCAUGAAGGAUCUUACAGCGACUAUGGAUAUCACAAUGCAAGAGGAGGAAGAGGCUGCUGCCGCCGAAGCUGCCGCCGCCACCGAGGGUGCUGGAGAGGAAUUCCCUGGAACCGAAGAUGCCAAGAAGGAAAGCAUGAAGGAACAGGAGAAGAAGGCCGAGGAGAAGACCGCAGCUGACGCAGAGCAACACGCCGGUGCACCUCCUCCCCCUUAUACUUCUGCUUCCGUGAGUGACGAUAAGGAAACUAAGCCUGCUUCACCCGCUGCUGCUGCUGCUGGUGCCGCUGCCCCUCCUCCUGCCGCUGGCCUUUCCACUGAAGCUCCUCAACGAUCCGAUGCCACAUCCCCCGCUCCAUCAUCGAGCUCUCGCAACCGAACACAGAUUCCCCUCCGACCCGCACUGAUGGACAAGUCUCACUCGGACCUCCUCGAAUCCGAGGCUGCCAAGGGCGAGCUAACAGAAGAGGAGCUUAAGCACAAGGACAAGAAGAAGGGCGGUCUGACCAAGGAGCAGCGGGAACAGUUGGCAGCUUACGAGAAGGAGCGUGCCAAGAUUCGACAGGAUCGUGUUGAUACCCUCGCCCGAAAGCUUCUCGACCGUCUCAGCGUGUGGACAGAGACUGACAAGGGUGCCGAUGUGACCAAGGCAUUCCAGGAGAAGAUGCGCCUCGAGGUUGAGAACUUGAAGAUGGAGUCUUUUGGUAUCGACAUUCUACAUGCCAUUGGUCAAACUUACGUCUCCAAGGCUUCAGGCCUCCUCCGCAGCCAAAAAUUCUUCGGCAUCGGCGGUUUCUUCAGCAGACUCCGUGACAAGGGCACACUCGUCAAGGAGACAUGGAACACCAUCAGCAGCGCCAUCGACGCCCAACAGACUAUGGAGGACAUGGCCAAGAUGGAGGAGAAGGGUGGUGAGGACUGGACCGACGAGAAGCGCGCUGAGUACGAACGACGUGUGACUGGCAAGAUUCUUACCGCGGCAUGGAGGGGAAGCAAGUUCGAGAUUCAGAGCGUCUUGCGCGAGGUUUGCGACAGCAUCCUGAACGACAAGAAGGUCCACCUGAACAAGCGACUAGAGCGCGCACAAGCUCUGGUUCUCAUUGGUGACGUUUUUGUUAGAGCUGAGCGAUCUCCCGAAGAGGAGGGCGACUAUCUCGUCUUUGAGCAACUUGUCGCCGAGGCUGCCAUGAAGAAGGACAAAGAGGAGGAUCACAAGAAGAAGAAGGACCGCAAGUCCUUCCAUAGUCACAGGGACAAGGAACACAAGGAUAAGGAGCCCGCCGCUGCUUCAACGCCCUGAUCUACAGCGCGUGAGCAAGAAGAAAGAAAAAAAUCCGCUAUAUAUAUUUGUUCGAGGUCGAGUGUGGAUUGCACAGCGCAGGGGAACAGGACACCCGUGUGAUGAACGAUAACUAUAGAGGAGCGCGAUAUGGUACUGGUUUAGACAGAAUUUUCAUGAUGCUAUUCCCCCUUUGUU